GAAGAUAAAAGAUAUUUUGAAGGAAUGCCAGAAGGAGAAAGCUAUAAAAGCAAUUUAUGUACAAAAAUUAGUGUCAAUAUUAGACAAGCUAAAUACCAUAAUAGAAGCGAUCCUUCCAGCAAGGUUUUUUCAAGAGCCCUGCCUAAAGACAAGAAUUUGACAAUAAAACAACAGGGAUGGAAUAGGCUAGGACAGCUCUCUAGAGAAAGCAAGCAACAAUUGAAUCUAUAG